GCGUGGCUGUGGAUCCGUUCGGUCUCCGUUCCCCUUCCCCCCCGCCGCGGUCGUUGGGACGGUUGUCGCCGAUGACGUGGCAGCGCUCGCCCUGCCUUCUCCCCUCCACGCCCUUCUCCUCGGCUCCUCCCGCUGCAGGUGUGGGCGGAAGCGGCAGCUGGAGACGCGGGCGGUGCCCGGGAUUCGUCGCCGCGGGUAACUGGCUUAAUGGAUAAGAGAGCAGUAGAUGAGAAUUUUCUUAACUUUUUUAAGGUAUUUGGCACUAUCCCAAGUGACAUCUUCAUGAACAAGCAAAAGAGGAAGAUGUCUAGAUGUAAUCAUAAUCAGCAUAACAUGUGUAUCUGAGAUGCAGAGAGCCUGUAGCAGAAGGCUUUGGACAAUUCCAAGUUAUGUUUCUCCCAACCAUAAUAAAAAGUGGACAAUGAAGGCAAUUGUAUUUAUUUCCUUAUGGACGUUGAUUUCUUUGCUUUGUUGUCAAUUAGCGAACACGGCGGAACAUGAUGAUCUAGUAAAGCAUGCAAUAAAGCUGCAUCGUGGGAAAGGAGCUGCUGUCACUCAGAGAAGACAGUGGGUCUCAGAAAACUGCAGAAAAUUGUCUGGGCUCCUUCGUCAGAAAAAUGUGGUCCUUAAUAAACUAAAAAAUGCAAUAAAAGCAGUGGAGAAAGACUUGAGGCUAUCAGAUGAAGAGAAAUUAUUUCAGGUACAUACAUUUGAAAUUUUCCAAAAGGAGCUAAAUGAAAGUGAAAACUCCGUCUUUCAAGCAAUCCAUGGACUGCAAAGAGCUCUUCAAGGUGAUUACAAAGAUGUUGUAAAUAUGAAAGAUAGUAGUAGACAGCGAUUGGAGGCCUUGAGGGAAGCUGCAAUUAAGGAGGAAAUGGAAUAUGUUGAGCUUUUAGCAGCAGAAAAACAUCAGGUUGAAGCCAUCAAGAAUAUGCAGCAUCAGAAUAAAAGCCUGUCCAUGCUUGAUGAAAUUCUUGAAGAUGUCAGGAAGGCAGCUGAUAGACUGGAAGAGGAAAUUGAAGAACAUGCCUUUGAUGACAACAAAUCUGUGAGAGGUGUUAACUUUGAGGCAGUUUUAAGGGUGGAAGAAGAUGAAGCAGACUCCAAGAUAAAUAUGUCAAAAAGAGAAGUGGAAGAUGAUUUAGGUCUUAGUAUGCUUAUUGAUUCCCAGAACAAUCAGUAUAUACUUACCAAGCCCAGGGAUUCAACCAUUCCUCGUGCUGAUCAUCAUUUCAUAAAGGACAUUGUGACCAUAGGGAUGUUAUCUUUGCCAUGUGGCUGGCUGUGUACAAUGAUAGGAUUGCCAACCAUGUUUGGGUACAUCAUUUGUGGAGUACUCUUGGGACCAUCAGGAUUAAACAGUAUAAAGUCUAUUGUACAGGUGGAAACAUUAGGAGAGUUUGGUGUGUUCUUCACCUUGUUCCUAGUUGGUUUGGAAUUUUCCCCUGAAAGGUUAAGAAAGGUAUGGAAGAUAUCUUUGCAAGGACCGUGCUACAUGACGGUUCUGAUGAUUGCGUUUGGCUUGUUAUGGGGACACUUACUGCAGAUAAGACCAACACAGAGCGUCUUCAUUUCUACUUGUUUGUCAUUAUCAAGCACACCCUUGGUAUCUAGAUUCCUUGCAGGGAGUGCUCGAGGAGACAAAGAAGGUGAUAUUGACUACAGUAGCGUAUUACUUGGCAUGCUGGUAAUGCAGGAUGUGCAGCUUGGUUUGUUUAUAGCUGUCAUGCCAACUCUUAUACAGGCAGGAGCCAGUACAUACUCCAGUAUUGUGAUGGAAAUACUGAGAAUACUUAUACUGAUUGGCCAAAUCCUCUUUUCCCUGGCUGCUGUCUUUCUUAUAUGUCUUGUUAUAAAGACUUAUCUCAUAGGACCAUAUUAUCGCAAAUUGCAUGCAGAAAGCAAAGGAAAUAAAGAAAUCCUCAUUCUGGGAAUAUCUGCUUUCAUCUUUCUUAUGUUAACGAUUACAGAGCUUUUGGAUGUUUCAAUGGAAUUGGGAUGCUUCUUAGCUGGCGCACUGAUCUCUUCUCAGGGGCACAUGGUUACUGAAGAGAUCAUGUCCUGUAUUGAACCAAUAAGGGACUUUCUUGCCAUCAUUUUCUUUGCAUCUAUAGGGCUUCAUGUUUUCCCCACAUUUGUAAUAUAUGAACUCACCAUCUUGCUAUUUCUUACGCUGUCAGUUGUCAUAAUGAAGUUUGUUUUGGCAGUGCUUGUCCUUUCUCUGAUUCUUCCAAAGAGCAGCCAGUAUAUCAAGUGGAUUGUCUCAGCAGGGCUGGCGCAAGUCAGUGAGUUCUCUUUUGUUUUGGGAAGCAGAGCACGCAGAGCAGGGAUCAUUUCUCGAGAGGUCUACCUCCUUAUCUUGAGUGUGACUACGCUAAGUCUUUUACUUGCACCUGCACUGUGGAGAGCUGGAAUUAUGAAAUGUGUACCAAGGCCAGAAAGACGCUUAAGUACCUGACAAGACUUUUAAUAAUUUAAAAAGAAAAAAGUCUUCGCAGAGAUUCUCCUCGUAGCUCAUUGUAUCUCUAUGCAGUUAGAAAGCAAGAGGGUUUGGAAUAUUUAUCUAAACAUGCACUUGGUUAUGAGCCUUAUACUGACACUACAUAAAAAAAAUGUUUGGUAUACUGAUGAUUGCACAGCUUUUACAAAAUACACUGUCAUAUUAGAAUCUGCUAGAAUAACUUUUUUGUGUUUGAUCCAAUCAGUUAUACAGAGUAGAAAAUAUUUUUAAAUACUGUAUCAUGCAAAUCACCCUGAAUAUUUUGCCUUGAUGUGCCUUUUUAUUACAUUGAUUUGCAUCUUGUACUGUUCAUUCAUAAAAGUCUUGUUUAAAAAAAUCAAGUUAUUUUUAUGGUGCCUAUGGUACCUUCUUAAUGUAACUCUUGAGCAAUUUAAGCGUGUAAUAUUUAAGAGUUAAUAUGCUGGUUUUGCAUUGGUUGCAAAACAUUUUCAGUGGUGUGUAAAGCCUAGACAUUUACACAAAAAUAAGGUUUAGCAGCUCUGGCAUAAAGCUUUAAGUGCUAAAAUGCAUAUUCCAAAAUGAUGCAGCCAGCAUUAUACAUUCAUACUCUGAUUUUUAUGAUAUUUUUUAAAACAUUUUAUGUAUUUUAUUUGUAUUGUAACUUUAUUUGUUCUGGCGUCUUCUAUUUAUUGACAAUAUUUCUGACCUAAAGGUUGAUUUAGGGGUGACCUGACUUCUAAUUUAUGUUUCAAGACUAAUUCCAACUGUCAACACUUUCAAUUAUUGAUUUACUGUUUUACUGAUUGUUUAUACUUUGUAUUCAUUGAGACCAAAAUAAAAGUGUACGUAUGGAAAACCUAACUCUGAGAACUUGAACUAGACAUGGAAACAUUUAAAUUACUUACUAAAAGUUGUUGAGAUUGGAUGUCAAUGUUGAUUCUACUUUACAAAUUAUUUUGGUUAAAUUAUUUUGAACAACACAGGAAGUGACAACUCUGGGUAUGCAUUGAAAACUGGCAUAAUUACAUUGCAUCAAUAUUGGAUCAACUUGAGUGUCUUAAACACCAAUGUUUUGAAUGUGUUAUAUGAGUCUGGAUUUUUUUUUUUAGUCUGUUAUAGAGUAAACUUUGUAAGAGCCCUUUCUUUAAAUGUCGUAGAAUGUAGUCUGCUCAGAGAAACUAAAGUGAUUCAUCUUGGGACUUUUUAUCUGCUGUGUCCUGUUUUUAUUACACUACAAAGAUGUAUUUAAUAACUGUAAAGACAUAUGUACAGUAGUAACAUUUUCAAUCAAGUAUUGUACUGUCAUAUGAAACUGCCAUUUUUGUGAGUCAACUAUAGAAAGAUGCAUGUUGCAUAUGUACAUUAGAAUCUAACAUGCCAAUUAUUAAAUCUACAAGAAUCCACUAUCUAAGCAAAUAGUAUUCAGAUAAUAAACUUUCUUUUAAUAGAAAGAAA